GUGGGUUGAGCUGGAGUUUCGCGCGUAGCGUUUCGUCCCGUGCCCUGCGUGGAAUCUGGAAUCUGCAACCAUUCAACAGUUAGGUGAAAAUGUUGCAAUUUUAAUGUAGUGUUUGUCGUGUAGUGUGUGCACCAUUAGCCGGAACACGGCGGCCCCGGGGAAGAAGCCGGGCGCUAUGCCACCCCGGAAUGGGCUGCUCGGUGGUGUGUUUGAUGUUCGUUACUGAAGCCUGAGCCUGCUGGGAUGGUGAAAUUUUGCAAUGAAAAUGUGAACGAAAAGAAUACGGAAAACGAUUCGCACCGCAUCGCGUGCGUCCUGUGAAUCUCGACACCUCCUCUGGCGUCUGGCCACACGCGCCCAGCGCCCGCUGGUCAGAGAGCAUCCGACUACUGACCGAGUGACCGACCGAGGGGGCCGGGAAAACGUUCCGCGGUUGCUCAUUAGUCCGGAGGCGUUGAGUUUUGCUCCAUCGACAACCGACAACCACUCGCCAACAUCAUAAUCAUCAUCAUCACCAUCAGCAGCAGCAGCAGCAUCGUACCGGCAUCAUCAACGAGCGGGUGCCGAGAACCGUGAGCCAAUUAAAGGGGUGGCGAAUUGAAGCAGAGGUAGAGAGAGUAAAACGCAACAACAGAAAACAACGAGCUAAACACUUGGCCACCACCGCGCAUUACAGUAGUGCCCCGGUGGUCAACAACAGCACCGAUUCCGUGCUAGGAUUUAACAAUCAUGCGAGCCCUACGACGACGCUGAUCCAGCGAUCAUGUUCGAGCGUCGUCCCGUUUUGGGAGUCCUGAUACUGCUGACGCUCGUGCUGACGGUAUGGCAGAUGUCGCCGCACGACGCUACCGUCUACCGGGAAGUGGUGUCGGCACGUGACUAUCCACCGUCGGUGCUGCCGUCGUCGUCGGCGUUCGCGCUACCCUACGAGCAGGCCGAGGAGCGGCUACAGGAUUCGGCCCAUCCCGUCCUAACGCCGCCAUUCGGUGGCGAGGAUAAUGCGAUCGAGGACGAACGGGAAGUGGGCGCUGGGCGCCGUGGCACAUAUCUGAACAUCACCUCGCCACCGUGGCUAGUGGCUGCAGCAGCCGCAGGAGCAGCCGCAGGAGCAGCCUGGAAACCAGUCAGCAGUAGCGUUAGUUUAGUCCAAACGAGGGAAGUCGCUGGAGGCGAAGGGCGCACGACCGCCACCAGCAGUAACACCGCCGUUAGCAGUACACAGUCGACAGCGUCGUUAACAUUAGUCAGUCCGUUCGAGGAAUUGCUGCCAAAUGAGGAUUACACCAGUCUAAUAGAUUUAAAAGAUUUUAAGUUCACCAUAAACCACGACUACUGCGGCGAUGGCAGCAGUAGUAGUAGUAGGAGAAGCAGCACCGAUGACGGGAGCCUUAUGCGUGACGGAUUGGCCGUGCGAUCGGCGCCGUCGGCACCGUUGGUGUUGGUGCUGGUCCACUCAGCACCCGACAACGUCUACAAGCGCAAUACGAUCCGCUCGACCUGGGGCCGCCCCGACGGUCGGGCUCGUUUGAUCUUCCUGCUCGGGGCAGUUAACACGAGUACGGCCCAGCGGGCCAUUGAAGAGGAGAGUCGCACGUACGACGAUAUCGUGCAGGGCAGCUUCGUCGAUGCGUACCGCAACAUGACGUACAAACACGUGAUGGCGCUCAAGUGGUACACUUACCACUGUCCCGGGGCCCGCUAUGUGCUGAAGACGGACGACGACGUGUUUAUCAACGCACCGGUCCUGUACGACGUGCUGGAGCGGGUUGCCCCCCAGCGAAAGCUGCUGCUCUGCCAGCUGGUAACGAAGCUGAGCGUCAAGCGGACGCACCGCUCCAAGUGGUACGUGAGCUGGCGCGAGUACCCGUCCCGGUACUAUCCGCCACACUGUCCCGGCUACUCGAUACUCUACUCCCGCGACGUGGCCCGAGAGCUAUACCGGGAGGCGCAGCGUCAACCGUUCUUCUGGAUCGACGACGUGCACAUCACCGGGACGGUGGCCCAGAACGUGAACGUCACCAUCACCCCGAUGGACACGCUCUAUCUGGACGAGGAGCAAAAGGGCGAGCUGCUUAACCGGAAGCUAAGCACUGCGGGCCUGGUGUUUUUCUUCACCAACCCCAACCUGCCGAUGGACGAGAUCCGGCGGCUCUGGUACGCGGUCACUGAACCGGCCCACCGGUGAACCGGAUAGCAAUCGGGCAGUGAAUUUGUUUGAAAGCUGAAAGAGGGUUCGGCCACACCGUUUUAAUGUUUCGUUUUGUUAGCGUGUCGUGUUUGGUUAUGUAAAAUAGGUUUUCGAAAGCAUUAGCUGAAUACUCAUCCGAUAUCCUUGUUAGUCUCAUUGUGAAUCUUACCUGAGCACUACAGUCGUCUGUCCUGUGUUCGAAUUGUAUAUUUUAGAAGCCUUUUUUGUAUAUUUUGAAAGUAUCUGUUUGCGUCCAGCACACUCAUUGGCAAUCUAUUAGAUUUCUUCACCUUUUAAAACUGUGUGAAGCCGAAGUUGGUAUACCUUAGGGAUUGACGAGGCGUCGUAACCUAAGAGAGAGAGAGAGAAUACGAAAAGGUCUUGCGAAAGUGAUGCAAUCAAAAGCUCAAACUGUAUCGAUUUAUGUAGGUAAUAAUAAAUGCGAAUUGAAACCGAGACGUAGAAAGCCAUAUAUACACGAAUAUUAUUGCAUAGUUGUAUAAUGAUGUAAUGUAGAGUAACCGGCGUGGAUGGGAUGCAAGAGUAAACGUAGCUACAAAGAGACUGUGCCGGUGUGAACGUAAAAUAGUGAACAAAAUAAGUGCGUGCAAAUAACUAGGAUUUUGAAAAUACGUGCAAAAGUUCGACUGUUUUAAAACAAAAAACAAACAAACAAAAGAACGAAAGUAUGAUCUAGAAUUCAUCACAAAUCUUAUGCAGUGUUCGAAUAUGAACUCUUUAUCCUAGUUCAAAAACAUAUGAUACAAUGUUUUCGGUGAAUGAAACACAAAAAUUCAAACAAAGAUUAAAGUAAUGUUAACACCUAACAACCGGUAGAAGAAAGGUGCAACACAAAAGAACAGAUUCUAAUUGCGUGUGGCAGACACCAGGUAGCAUCUUCGAUUACGAUUUAGCGAGAGGAACUACCUAUGAGCUUUGAAGCACUUCAAAACCAUUCUGUUAAACAAUUUGUGAUAGGCAUUGAACGGAUGUCGGAGAAAUGUUUCAACGGUGGAGAACCGUGAAUUUUAUGCUUUGUACCUAAAGGAUUCGAAUAGUUUUAUUUCUCCUCUUUUGUCUCGUUUACCGUACUGUUUUCUAAGGACUGUAGGACUUUUUCUUUUUAGUGCUAGAACAUUAUUUUUCAAAAAUCUGUUUAGUAAGGGGCUCAUAACCAUAUUACUAGCCGCUCCAACAAGAAGUGUUUUCAAAGUCAUUCUAUGAAGUACCGUAUGGCUCAAUGCAGCUCACCUAGUUAAACUUACUUCGUACGGUCAGUUUACGGCAUGUUCUCUGCCUUUGGUCUAUGAACGCGAACACGGUAGCGGUAUUGUAGGUUUCCAUCCCAUUUUUUAUUCCAUUUCCUUCUUUCCUGCGUCAAGUAAGUACAAUCUCUCAAUUCUACAAACCAACCGAUUAGUCACCGCCGCAGGAAUGCGUCGUGUGAACACUUAUUCUAUGUAGUAGCACCGUAAGGAUUAAGGAGUAGAAAGAACGUUGUAAAUAGUGGGUACCGAAGGGUAAGCAAAUCUUCCACAGUUCACUAUUGUUCGAUUUCGAAAGCAGAAAGUGGAAUUGGAGUCAGGAUCUAGUUAAAGUACUACACUUAGCUCUCGCAAAGUGGCGAGUGAGCCUAGCGAAAUUCACAAGACGUUAGCGCGUUACACUAAAGUAGUUGGGAAAUGUAAUGGUACCUUUUUCCAGGUGAUACAAUUAUUCCUAGCGAUAGCAUCACCAGUAGCUGCAAAAGAAACGAUGUGGGAACAACAGGAGUAACAGGAAUUUGCGCACUACAUGCAAACCGAUCAGAUAGCGCGAAAGUUUACCACGUGUUUGCCCGAUGCCGGGUCAACGAUGGCAUGUUAGUAUUAUACCGAAAAGCGCACGUGCGGGCGCGAGGGUGCAAGAGAGGAAGAUAGUUAACUUUGAAUAGAUCAAAUAAGUAACUAAACGUUAAUGUAGCUAGCUAAAUCCUCUAUUUCUUGUUAGUGUAGAAAGAGAGAAACAAAAACGAAUAUGCGGAAGAACAUAUUUCAAUCGAGCGAUUACUGAAAUGAUAUUACUGUUAAGUCAGAACGAUAGUCGGUAGUCGGUAGGCAAAUGAACUCAGUAAUUGCAAUUUAGUGAGAUUCUUAAUGAACAAUGCGUAGUACGAGUCUUAGAUCUUCAGGGGAGAAGGGAGCAUUAUGUCCUAGACAUUGACGAACAAAUUCGCACCGGCUGCAGCGGAUCCGAAGGUAGUGGGCGGAUCCGUAAGCGGUAGUGAAUGCAAACCAAACGAUCGUAAAGGAACACUGUUUACAAAAGCUAAAAAACAAAGAAAAAAAUCCUUGCGCACAGUCGUGAACUAGGAAUUGUGUAGUUUGUGGUGGGGAGAAAGAAGCAAAAUAACAA